CAGCUGGUGGCAGGGGAUACAGGCACAAUACAGCAGCCUUCUCUGUCCCAGCUGUCUUUUUCAUUACGUUAAAUGCAUUACUAUGGCUGCAGCCUUUUGCAAAGCCGCAGGUAAAGGAAGGUGCAGGAGGAAGCCGGAGCCCCAGCAGUUUUGUUCCUAAGACUACAAAGCUUCGGACGGUAUCUCUGGAUUUUCCACGUCUUCCUGCUUCUGGCCGAAAGGACUCCUGUCAGGGCUUGGAAUGUUUCUAUGAAGCUUCUUAAAGGUGCCCCGAGAAGAUCACCUUUUUCUUUCUGCUAGGAAGCCCUGUUUUAAAGGAUUUCUUUAAAUGCAUUAUGGCUCAUGCAGCGUCUCAAUUAAAGAAAAACAGGGAUUUAGAGAUCAAUGCCGAAGAGGAGACUGAGAAAAAAAGGAAACAUCGAAAACGGUCCCGAGAUCGGAAGAAAAAGUCUGAUGCAAAUGCCAGCUACCUAAGAGCUGCUCGAGCUGGAAACUUAGAAAAGGCGCUUGACUAUAUCAAGAAUGGAGUAGACAUCAACAUCUGCAAUCAGAAUGGGUUGAAUGCCCUCCAUCUGGCUUCCAAAGAAGGGCACGUGGAAGUCGUAUCUGAACUGAUACAUCGAGAUGCCAAUGUGGAUGCGGCAACAAAGAAAGGCAACACGGCUUUGCACAUAGCGUCUCUGGCGGGGCAGACAGAAGUUGUAAAAGUACUGGCAACAAAUGGAGCCAACCUCAAUGCACAAUCUCAGAAUGGAUUUACACCAUUGUAUAUGGCAGCCCAGGAAAACCACCUGGAAGUCGUCAAGUUUCUCCUGGAUAAUGGGGCAAGUCAGAGCCUGGCCACAGAGGAUGGAUUCACGCCCUUGGCGGUAGCUUUGCAACAAGGCCAUGAUCAAGUGGUUUCGCUACUGCUUGAAAAUGACACAAAAGGAAAAGUCCGGCUUCCGGCACUUCACAUAGCGGCCCGCAAGGAUGACACAAAAGCCGCCGCCCUGCUCCUGCAGAAUGACAGCAACGCGGACGUGGAAUCCAAGAUGGUGGUGAAUAGGACAACUGAGAGUGGCUUCACCCCGCUUCACAUCGCUGCCCAUUACGGAAAUAUCAACGUAGCCACGUUGCUGCUAAAUCGAGGUGCUGCCGUGGACUUCACUGCAAGGAAUGACAUCACUCCAUUACACGUUGCAUCCAAACGAGGAAACGCCAACAUGGUGAAAUUGCUGCUUGAUCGGGGAGCGAAGAUUGACGCUAAAACAAGGGACGGGUUGACCCCCCUCCACUGUGGAGCAAGGAGUGGUCACGAGCAAGUGGUGGAGAUGCUCUUGGAUCGAGCUGCCCCCAUCCUCUCCAAAACCAAGAAUGGAUUGUCUCCAUUACAUAUGGCGACCCAAGGGGAUCACCUAAACUGUGUCCAGCUUCUCCUCCAGCAUAACGUGCCUGUUGAUGAUGUCACUAAUGACUACUUGACUGCCCUGCACGUCGCUGCCCACUGUGGCCACUACAAAGUCGCCAAGAUUCUCUUGGACAAGAAAGCUAAUCCUAAUGCCAAAGCACUGAAUGGUUUUACCCCGCUUCAUAUCGCCUGCAAGAAGAACCGAAUUAAAGUUAUGGAACUUCUCCUGAAACAUGGUGCAUCUAUCCAAGCUGUAACUGAGUCGGGCCUUACCCCGAUCCACGUGGCUGCUUUCAUGGGGCACGCGAACAUCGUAUCUCAGCUCAUGCAUCACGGAGCAUCGCCCAACACCACCAACGUGAGAGGAGAAACAGCCCUGCACAUGGCAGCCCGUGCCGGCCAGUCGGAAGUCGUGCGGUAUCUGGUCCAAAACGGAGCCCAGGUGGAAGCUAAAGCAAAGGACGACCAGACGCCCCUGCACAUCUCAGCCCGGCUGGGAAAGGCCGACAUAGUCCAGCAGCUUUUGCAGCAGGGAGCCUCUCCCAACGCCGCCACCACCUCCGGGUACACGCCCUUACACCUUUCAGCCCGAGAGGGACACGAGGACGUUGCGUCGGUUCUUUUGGACAAUGGUGCAUCGUUAGCUAUCACAACAAAGAAAGGGUUCACCCCCCUUCAUGUGGCCGCAAAGUACGGGAAGCUGGAAGUAGCCAACCUCUUACUUCAGAAAAAUGCUUCUCCGGAUGCUGCAGGAAAGAGCGGUUUAACCCCACUGCAUGUAGCCGCCCACUAUGAUAACCAGAAAGUGGCCCUGCUUCUCCUGGACCAGGGAGCCUCGCCCCACGCCGCCGCCAAGAACGGUUACACGCCGCUGCACAUCGCGGCCAAAAAGAAUCAGAUGGACAUAGCCACCAGCCUGCUCGAGUAUGGCGCAGACGCCAACGCCGUGACCAGGCAAGGGAUAGCCUCCGUGCACCUGGCUGCCCAGGAGGGUCUCGUGGACAUGGUGUCCCUGCUCCUCUCCAGAAACGCCAACGUGAAUCUCAGCAAUAAGAGUGGCCUGACCCCGCUGCAUCUGGCUGCACAAGAGGACAGAGUGAAUGUGGCUGAAGUCCUUGUGAAUCAAGGGGCAGCCAUCGAUGCCCCAACCAAGAUGGGCUACACGCCGCUGCACGUGGGCUGCCACUAUGGGAACAUCAAGAUCGUGAACUUCCUGCUGCAGCACUUUGCGAAGGUCAACGCCAAAACGAAGAAUGGGUACACACCCCUCCACCAGGCAGCCCAGCAGGGUCACACUCACAUCAUCAACAUCUUACUACAGAACAAUGCUUCCCCCAACGAGCUCACUGUGAAUGGCAACACGGCCCUGGCCAUUGCUAAGAGGCUUGGCUACAUCUCCGUGGUCGACACCUUAAAGGUAGUGACGGAAGAGACCAUGACCACAAUUACGGUCACGGAGAAGCACAAAAUGAACGUCCCAGAAACGAUGAAUGAAGUUCUCGAUAUGUCGGAUGAUGAAGUUCAUAAAGCCAAUACCCCUGAAAUGCUCAGUGAUGGCGAGUAUAUAUCAGAUGUUGAAGAAGGUGAAGACGCAAUGACAGGAGAUACCGACAAAUAUCUCGGGCCCCAAGAUCUGAAAGAGCUGGGAGAUGAUUCUCUGCCUGCGGAAGGAUACAUAGGUUUCAGCAUGGGGGCCCGCUCAGCCAGCCUCCGCUCCUUCAGUUCGGAUAGGUCUUACACACUGAACCGAAGCUCUUACGCCCGGGACAGCAUGAUGAUCGAAGAAUUGCUGGUGCCUUCAAAGGAUCAGCACCUGACAUUUACAAGGGAAUUCGAUUCCGAUUCUCUUAGGCAUUAUAGCUGGGCUGCAGACACUCUGGACAAUGUUAACCUUGUCUCGAGCCCCAUCCACUCUGGGUUCCUGGUGAGUUUCAUGGUGGACGCCCGGGGGGGCUCCAUGAGAGGAAGCCGCCAUCACGGAAUGAGAAUCAUCAUCCCCCCACGCAAGUGCACGGCGCCCACUCGCAUCACUUGCCGAUUGGUAAAGAGACAUAAGCUGGCCAACCCACCCCCCAUGGUGGAAGGAGAGGGAUUAGCCAGUAGGCUGGUAGAAAUGGGGCCUGCGGGGGCACAAUUCUUAGGUAAACUGCACCUUCCCUCCAAUCCUCCCCCUGUAAACGAGGGUGAGAGCUUGGUUAGCCGAAUCCUGCAGCUUGGGCCUCAAGGAACAAAAUUUAUUGGCCCAGUCAUAGUGGAAAUUCCUCACUUUGGAUCAAUGAGAGGGAAGGAACGAGAACUCAUUGUUCUCCGGAGUGAAAAUGGUGAAACGUGGAAAGAACAUCAGUUUGACAGCAAAAACGAAGAUUUAGCUGAGUUACUUAAUGGCAUGGAUGAAGAGCUGGAUAGUCCCGAAGAGUUGGGAAAGAAGCGCAUCUGUAGGAUUAUCACGAAGGACUUUCCCCAGUACUUCGCGGUGGUGUCACGGAUCAAGCAGGAAAGCAACCAGAUUGGGCCCGAAGGGGGCAUCCUGAGCAGCACCACCGUGCCCCUGGUUCAGGCAUCCUUUCCCGAGGGCGCAUUGACCAAGAGGAUCCGAGUGGGCCUCCAGGCCCAGCCUGUUCCAGAGGAAAUUGUGAAAAAAAUCCUUGGAAACAAAGCAACUUUUAGUCCCAUUGUGACGGUGGAGCCCAGAAGAAGGAAAUUCCAUAAACCCAUCACGAUGACCAUUCCUGUGCCUCCUCCCUCAGGAGAAGGUGUAGCCAAUGGCUACAAAGGAGACUCCACACCCAACCUGCGCCUUCUUUGUAGCAUUACAGGGGGAACGUCGCCUGCGCAGUGGGAAGACAUCACGGGAACCACGCCACUGACAUUCAUAAAGGACUCUGUCUCCUUUACGACCAACGUUUCAGCCAGGUUUUGGCUUGCGGAUUGCCAUCAGGUUUUGGAAACUGUUGGGUUAGCGACUCAGCUUUACAGGGAAUUAAUAUGUGUCCCAUACAUGGCCAAGUUUGUGGUUUUUGCCAAAAUGAAUGAUCCCUUGGAAUCUUCCUUACGUUGCUUCUGCAUGACGGAUGAUAAAGUGGACAAAACUUUGGAGCAGCAAGAAAAUUUUGAGGAAGUUGCAAGAAGCAAAGAUAUUGAGGUCCUGGAAGGAAAACCCAUUUAUGUGGAUUGUUAUGGGAAUCUGGCCCCCCUCACCAAAGGAGGACACCAAUUAGUCUUUAACUUCUACGCUUUCAAAGAGAACAGGCUGCCAUUUUCAGUCAAGAUCAGAGACACGAGCCAAGAGCCCUGCGGCCGACUGUCGUUUCUGAAAGAACCAAAGACUACGAAAGGACUGCCCCAAACGGCCGUUUGCAACUUAAAUAUUACCCUUCCGGCACAUAAAAAGGAAACAGAGUCAGAUCCAGAUGAUGAGACAGAGAAAGCCGAUCGUCGCCAGAGCUUUGCGUCUUUGGCCCUACGUAAGCGCUAUAGCUACUUGACUGAGCCUGGAAUGAAAACAGUUGAACGGAGUGCAGGAGCCACGAGAUCCCUACCCGUCACUUGCUCCUCAUACAAGUCAUUCUUUUCUACGAGACCCUAUCAGUCCUGGACCACAGCUCCCAUGACAGUGCCUGGACAAACCAAGUCAGGCUUGACUUCCUUGUCCAGUUCUUCUUCCAAUACUCCAUCAGCUUCUCCAUUAAAGUCAAUAUGGUCUGUUUCUUCUCCUUCUCCAAUCAAAUCCACCCUAGGCGCGUCGACGACAUCGUCGGUUAAAUCCAUUAGCGACGUGGCGUCCCCGAUCAGAUCCUUCCGGACGGUCUCUUCGCCAAUAAAAACCGUUGUUUCUCAGCCUCCCUACGGCGUCCAAGUCUCUCCCGGGUCACUUGUUAGAGCUCCUGCCAUAACCGAGGCUGCUCUCUCUCCUUUAAAAGGGCUGGCAUCCAGUUCGACCUUUUCCUCUCGGACCUCUCCGGUGACCACGGCCGGCUCCCUUUUGGAGAGGUCAUCCAUUACUAUGACCCCCCCAGCGUCCCCUAAGUCCAACAUUAACAUGUAUUCUUCAACCUUGCCCUUUAAAUCGAUCAUCACUUCCGCCCCUCCGCUGGUGUCUUCCCCCUUAAAGUCUGUGGUGUCUCCCGCCAAGUCGGCAGUCGAGGCUGUUUCCGCCACCAAGGCCAUGGUGGCUUCCUCCCUCGCUUCUCCCGCCAAACACAUGACCGGGCACGCAGAGGUAGCAUUAGUUAACGGUUCCAUUUCACCUCUGAAGUAUCCGUCCACCUCGGCUUUGAUUAACGGAGCCAAAGCCUCAGCCACCGCCACGCUGCAGGAAAAAAUCUCCGCGGCCACAAACUCUGUCAGCUGCGGUGUCGGCGCCGCCGCCGACACGGUGGAGAAAGUGUUCUCCACCACGACCGCCAUGCCGUUCUCCCCGCUCAGGUCAUUCGUGUCUUCGGCACCGUCUGCUUUUCAGUCCAUAAGAACGCCUUCCGUGAGCGCGCUCUACACAUCCCUGGGGUCCUCGAUGUCUGCAACUACCUCAUCCGUCACUUCGUCAACGAUCACUGUGCCCGUGUAUUCUGUAGUCAACGUCUUGUCCGAACCGGCGCUCAAGAAACUCCCGGACUCCACCUCGAUCACAAAAUCUGCGGCCGCCCUGUUGUCGCCCAUCAAAACGUUGACUCCAGAACCGCGUCCCCAGCCCCAUUUCAACCGAACGUCGUCCCCCAUUAAGUCGUCCUUGUUCCUCGCACCCUCUGCUCUCAAGCUCUCCGCUCCCUCCUCUUUAUCUUCGAGUCAGGAGAUUCUGAAAGAUGUGGCCGAGAUGAAGGAGGACCUCAUGAGGAUGACCGCCAUCCUACAGACGGACGUGGCCGAGGAGAAACCGUUCCCCGCGGAGCCGGCCAAAGAGGGGAGGAUCGACGAUGAAGAACCCUUCAAGAUCGUUGAGAAAGUCAAGGAGGAUUUGGUCAAAGUCAGUGAGAUCCUCAAGAAGGACGUGUGCGUGGAAGGCAAAGGGGCGGCCGCCGGAUCCAAAAGCGACAAAGGACGCUCCCCUGAAGAUGACUGGACCGAGUUUAGUUCAGAAGAAAUAAAGGAAGCAAGGCAGCAACAAGCCGCCCCGUGCCCUCUCGCGCCCACCCCGGAAAGGGUCCAGAUAAAAGCAAAAACGAUGUCGGAAAAGGAUUACAACCUGACCAAAGUCAUCGAUUACUUAACAAAUGACAUUGGGAGCAGCUCGUUAACGAACUUAAAGUACAAGCUGGAGGAUGCAAAGAAAGAUGGUGAGGAGAGACAGAAAAGGAUUUUAAAGCCGGCGAUCGCUUUGCAAGAGCACAAGCUGAAGAUGCCUCCAGCCUCCAUGAGGCCCUCCACCUCGGAAAAAGAAUUGUGCAAAAUCGCAGAUUCCUUCUACGGAACCGACACCAUCUUGGAAUCUCCUGACGAUUUCUCUCAGCACGACCAAGACAAAAGUCCCCUGUCCGACAGUGGCUUUGAAACUAGAAGCGAGAAGACACCUUCCGCCCCGCAGAGUGCAGAGAGCACGGGCCCCAAGCCGCUUUUCCAUGAAGUUCCCAUCCCUCCAGUCAUCACCGAAACGAGAACCGAAGUGGUCCACGUGAUCCGAAGCUACGAGCCCUCUUCGGGAGAGAUCGCCGAGUCUCAGGAACGGCCCCUGUCGCCCAAACCCUCGCCGCCCUUUGCGGAACUGGAGCCAAAGCCGACCGCUUCCAGUAUUAAAGAGAAAGUCAAAGUGUUUCAGAUGAAAGCCAAUGGAGAGGAGGAAGAGCGUACCCGGGCGACGGGCAAAGGCGUCCGCGUCAAAGAAGAGACCCACAUCACCACUACCACGCGCAUGGUAUACCAUUCGCCGCCGGGGGGCGAAGGCAACUCGGAGAGAAUCGAAGAGACCAUGUCUGUCCAUGACAUCAUGAAGGCCUUUCAGUCCGGGCGGGACCCGUCCAAAGAACUGGCAGGUCUGUUUGAGCAUAAGUCUGCCGUCUCGCCAGAUGCGCACAAGUCUGCUGCUGAGAGCCCACCCCAGCAUGCAGAGAGGGACGGCCCAAUGAAACCCAAACUGGAGCGUAUUAUAGAGGUCCACAUCGAAAAAGGUAACCAAGCCGAACCCACUGAAGUCAUUAUUAGAGAGACCAAAAAGCAUCCCGAAAAGGAAAUGUUUGUAUAUCAGAAAGACUUGUCUCGGGGCGAUAUUAACCUAAAAGAUUUUCUGCCUGAGAAACAUGAGGCUUUUCCCAGUUCGGAGGAGCAGGGUCCAGCCGAGGAAGAAGAGCUAACCGCGGAGGAGUCCCUGCCUUCCUACCUGGAGUCUUCGAGAGUAAACACUCCCGUGUCCCAGGAAGAAGACAGCCGCCCUAGUUCUGCCCAACUCAUGUCUGAUGACUCGUACAAAACGUUGAAGCUUUUGAGUCAACACUCGAUAGAAUACCAUGAUGAUGAGUUGUCAGAACUAAGAGGGGAGUCUUACAGGUUUGCUGAGAAAAUGCUUCUUUCAGAAAAGAUAGAUGUGUCUCACAAUGAUACCGAGGAGUCGGUUACAGACCACGCUGUACCCCUUAGUAUGGAGUUACAGGGGUCUGAUAAAAGAUCCAGGGACAAAAUAGCCCCUGCCCCUAAAAGAGAGAUUCUCUCCAAAAUCUAUAAAGAUGUUUCUGAAAAUGGUCUAGGUAAAAUGUCCAAAGAUGAGCAUUUUGAUAAAGUGACAGUAUUACACUACUCUGGAGACGUAAGUAGCCCAAAACAUGCCAUGUGGAUGCGGUUUACUGAGGACAGAUUAGACAGAGGUAGAGAGAAGUUGCUAUAUGAAGACAGGGUGGACAGGACCGUUAAGGAGGCAGAAGAGAAACUGACGGAAGUGUCCCAGUUUUUUCGCGACAAAACAGAAAAGUUGAACGACGAGCUGCAGUCUCCCGAGAAAAAAGCUCGGCCCCAGAACGCCAAAGACGCCCCUUCUUCCCAGAGCUCGGCCAGCAGCAGCCCCGAGAAGUUACCGCCGACCGAGUCCCCGCUGUCCAGCGAGGACUGGGCUAGAGCCAGGCAGCCCGGGCGGGAUGGCAAGGGCUUGCCGAAGGCCGAGGAGAAGAAAGCUGCCAGUUUGCCCGGCAGUCCGGAGCGGAAGCCCCUGUCCAAGCAGACCGAGGACGGCGCGCCGACGGGGGAAGCCAGGGGAGGGCUUUCCCAGAGCAAAGCUUCGGAAGCUGGCUUCCAGCUCAAACAGUCCAAACUCAGUUCCAUCCGGUUAAAAUUUGAACAGAGCAUCCACCCAAAAAGUAAAGAGGGAUCUCAGGAAGAAAAAAAGCUGGAUGGCCCGUCCAAAAUCCCAGUUAAAAAAAUACAGGAGAGCAAGCUCCCUGUCCACCAAGCAUACGGUAGAGAAAAGGCGCAGAAGGCAGUGUGUCCUGCGGAGGGAGGGGCAUCUUUGCAAAGGGAACCGCCGGUGGUGAAGGGAGAGCCAUCCCAGAACGGGGAAACGGUGGCGGACGGUGCCGGUUCUGCCGACGUCAAGAAAGCGAGAACUGACAUGUCGAGUAAACCGCUAGCCGAACGUUAUUCUGAGCAGCAGUCAAAAGACUUGGCUUAUAGCCUGAGCUCAGACUUGGCAACUAAGGGACCAUGGGACAAAAAGAUUUUUAGAACGUGGGAAAGUCCAGGGGCCACUAACCAUAAGGCACAGAAAGAAAAACUCUCCCACGUGCUUGUUCACGACGUCCAAGAAAAUCACGUCGAUCACGCAGAGAUUCAGGGUCUUGAGCCAAAGGGCGAGUUGAUCUCUGUGUCCGAGAGAGAACGCCAGUUGUUAACAAAUGGAGCUCACUCCGAAAUGAAGGAAGUGACUGUAAAAUCUCCAUCCAAAAAGGUUUUAUAUAGGGAGUUUGUGGUCAAAGAAGGAGGGUGUGCUACCAGAACCGGUGACCAGGCCCCCCAGAAAAGCGAAGGCCCGGCCGUGUCACACAUCCCGGUCCGAAUUGCCGAGGAGAGGAAACUGUUGUCAUCCUCUGCCAUUCCCGACGGUUUCUGUGACCAGUCCAAAUUUCCCCACUAUGAACCGCCCCCCAAAUCACCCCAGUCCAGUUUGAGUAAAGAGACAUUUGAGAGCCAUCAGCUCAAUUCCGUAGAAGAGGAAAAGGUCACUUAUUCCGAGAUCAGCAAAAUCUCCAAGCGUCAGAGUUAUGUAGGGUUGUGUCCUCCCCUGGAGGAGACCGAGACGUCCCCUACCAAGUCCCCCGAUUCCUUAGAAUUUAGCCCAGGCAAGGAGUCUCCCUCCAGUGAUCUCUUUGACCACAGUCCCAUGGACGGAUUGGAAAAGCGUGCCCCGUUAGCCGAGACAGAGGGAGGGAAAGAGAUCAAGACUUUGCCCGUUUACGUUAGUUUUGUCCAAGUAGGAAAACAGUACGAGAAGGAAAUACAACAAGGAAAUGUAAAGAGAAUCGUGAGUCAGGAGUGUAAGACAGUCCAAGAGACCAGGGGGGCGUUCUUUACCACCAGGCAGCAGAAACAGCCCCCCUCCCCCCAGGGCAGCCCAGAAGAUGACACUCUAGAACAAGUGUCCUUCUUGGACAGUUCGGGGAAGAGCCCUUUAACCCCAGAAACGCCCAGCUCCGAGGAAGUGAGUUAUGAAUUUACUUCUAAGACACCUGACUCACUUAUAGCUUAUAUCCCGGGCAAACCCAGCCCAAUCCCUGAGGUUUCUGAGGAGUCAGAGGAGGAGGAACAGGUUAAGUCCACCUCCCUAAAACAGAUAGCAGCCGUUGACCUAGAACCGCCCACCGCUCUGAGCAAAGACUCUCCCAAAAGGUCCAAAGGUAACAGGGUUGCCUACAUUGAGUUUCCGCCUCCCCCGCCACUGGAUGCGGACCAGGGAGAGCCGGAGAAGAGGGGCUCUUAUUCCCCCGAGAGGGAGGUAGAGAUGACUGAAGUCAGUCUGCAGGACGAGCACGACAAGUACCAGCUGGCCGAGCCCGUCAUCCGGGUUCAGCCCCCCUCUCCGGUUCCUCCUGGGGCCGAGGUCAGUGACUCUAGCGACGACGAAUCCAUCUACCAACCGGUCCCGAUCAAAAAGUACACUUUCAAACUAAAGGACGUGGAAGAUGAUCACAGAGAGGGUCCCAGAUCCAAAAGUACCGAAAGAACGCCCACCCCGAAAGAGUCGGGAGGCAACGGCCCCAGAAAGGAAAGCGAGCUCGACAUGGGGCUCGACUCGCCGCAGAACGAGGCGGCUCAGAACGGGAACAACGACCAGUCCGUCACCGAGUGCUCCAUCGCCACCACGGCAGAGUUCUCUCACGACACGGACGCGACGGAGAUCGACUCUCUCGAUGGCUAUGACCUUCAGGACGAAGACGAUGGCCUCACGGAGAGUGACUCCAAGCUCCCGAGCCAAACCCUCGACAUCAAAAAAGACGUGUGGAACACAGAGGGCAUCUUGAAGCCCGCCGACCGAUCUUUUAGUCAGAGCAAGCUCGAAGUGAUCGAGGAGGAGGAGGGAAAGGGAGGGCCCGAGGAAGAAAAGCCUCUCCCCAAAGGCUCGGAGAAGGUUCCCGAGAAGACCGAGCAGAAGUCAGGGACCCAGUUCUUCACUUUGGAAGGCAGACAUCCCGACCGAUCCGUGUUUCCCGAUACCUAUUUCAGCUACAAGGUAGACGAAGAGUUCGCGACCCCUUUCAAGACAGUAGCCACCAAGAGUCUAGAUUUCGAUCCUUGGUCUAAUAACCGGGGUGACGACGAAGUGUUUGAGACAAAGUCGAGGGAAGACGAGUCCAAGCCGUUCGGCCUGGCGGUGGAAGACCGUUCUCAAGCCACGACCCCCGAUACCACCCCAGCCAGAACGCCCACCGAUGAAAGUACCCCAACUAGUGAACCCAACCCCUUCCCAUUUCACGAAGGGAAGAUGUUUGAGAUGACUCGCAGUGGCGCAAUUGACAUGAGCAAGAGGGAUUUUGUUGAAGAGAGGCUCCAAUUUUUCCAGAUUGGUGAGCAUACUUCUGAAGGGAAGUCAGGGGACAAGGGGGAAGGGGAUAAAACCAUGGGCACUGCCACCACACAGCCACAGGCAGGGGACACCACAGUAGAAACAGACCUAGAGAGAACAGUAGAGGCACCCGCGGUUGAGCACAAACCCGCCAUUCAGCCCGGUGGAGAGUGUCAGGAGGCAGCCCUCAGUAGUAGCCCACCGGAGAAGCCGCCGCCGGCGGUGGCCACCGCUUCCAAGGUCGAUCCCAAGCUGCGCACGCCGAUCAAAAUGGGGAUUUCCGCGUCCACCAUGACCAUGAAGAAAGAUGGCCCCGGAGAAGGGACAGAGAAAGUGGAAGCUAUGCUUUCCAGUGGUCAGGGCUUAGAGAAUGAAACCGUAACAGUGAUUCCGAGUGCAGCGAAUAGCCAGAAAGACUUUAGGCCAAAAGAAAAGCAUGAUUUUCAAAAAGAUAAUUUUAAUAACAACAACAAUUUGGAUUCGUCCACUAUGCAGACAGAUAACCCGGCCAGUAAUGUAGUGCUCCCAGACCAUUCCGUAGCCACUUGUGCCACUGAGAAAGCUAACCCAGGCAAAAGCUCUUUAGGGGCCCUCCAAGGACACUGUUUAAAAGAGGCGCAGAAAGUAACCGAAGAACAAAAAAAGAAAAAGGAAUCGAUAGGGCUUAGGCCAAAGUCUAAGCUGCCCAUAAAGGCCACCUCCUCCAGAGAUGCCUUCCCGCCAAAGCAUGUUCCGAGCAAGGCAGUGGGUAAAGGAAGGCCAGUCAGUAGGCCCGAGAGAGCCAAAACCCCCAAUUCUCCUCCCUGUCUAGAAGUCAGGUCCAGGAUUCCGAUAAAAAACCCACCCAGAGAGAACCUAGCUCUAGUCAGAGAAGCAGGCGCCAAGCCCAAGCCGGGCCAGCUAGAGAGGGGCAAGAUCAAGCAGCUUCCUUCCAAAUUGCCCGUAAAGGUAAGAUCCGCCUGCGUGGCCACCACCACAGUGAAAGUCAGGAAAACGCAGCUCAGGGAGGUGUGUAAACAUUCGAUUGAAUAUUUUAAGGGAAUUAGUGGGGAGACGCUAAAGCUCGUGGACCGCCUGGCUGAGGAAGACAAAAAGACGCAGCCCGAGGGGUCCGAUGACGAAGACAGUACGUCCAGAAAUACGUCCUCCUCAGAAGUGCCUCGGGUUUGCCCACCUCCCAUUACACCGAAGCCCGCUAGAGAUAAGAGAAAGGAGGCAGCGGCAUUAAAAUCAAAGAAUGCAAAGGCCGGCAGUGAGAAAAGGAGCAGUAGGACUGGUCCACAAAGUCCAUGUGAACGGACUGAUAUCAGGAUGGCCAUUGUGGCUGAUCAUCUGGGGCUGAGCUGGACAGAACUGGCGAGAGAGCUGAAUUUUUCUGUGGAUGAAAUCAACCAAAUCCGUGUAGAAAAUCCCAAUUCUUUAAUUGCUCAGAGCUUCAUGUUAUUAAAAAAAUGGGUUACCCGAGAUGGAAAAAAUGCGACAACUGAUGCCUUAACCUCUGUCUUGACAAAAAUUAACCGAAUAGAUAUAGUGACCUUGUUGGAAGGACCAAUAUUUGAUUAUGGAAAUAUUUCCGGCACCAGGAGCUUUGCGGAAGAAAACAAUGCUUUUCAUGAUCCUGUUGAUGGUUGGCAGAACGAGACCUCCGCGGGCAGCCCCGAGCCGCCGAUGCCGGGCCGCAGGAUAGCCGGUGGGUUACUCGAUCGGCUGGACGACAGCCCCGACCAAUGUAGGGACUCUAUUACCUCAUAUCUCAAAGGAGAAGCUGGGAAAUUUGAAGCCAACGGCAGCCACCCCGAGGCCUUUCCCGAAACCACGGCCAAGUCUCACAUCCAGGAGUCGCCGAAUGACGUUGGGAAGUCGAGGGACAAGGAGCCUCUGAAACCAAAAACCCCAGCUUCCGGCCGCAGCGACGGCCCAGCAACCUACCAGAAAUCUGUGGAAGAGACUAGCAAGCAUUUAGCAGAUGAGCUCAAAACCUCUGUGCCUGUCAGUGUGAAAAAGAUGAAUAGGACUUCUCCCGGGGAUGCAAAGCCACGGCUAAACCUCCAUGAGGAAGAGGGAGCGGUCUUGUCUGAGCACAAGGUUAAAAGUCUAAGUGCGUCUCUUACCCGGAUCGCUGCCUGCUGUUACCAGGACAAUAAAGAGAGUGAGAGUUACUCAAGCUCAGAGGAAGAACGGAAAGUCACUACUAGAAUUAUUCGCCGACGUUUGAUUAUAAAGGGAGAGGAAGCAAAAAACAUUCCCGGUGAGUCUGUUACAGAAGAACAGUUCACUGAUGAAGAAGGCACUAUCGUCACGAGAAAAAUCACACGGAAAGUAGUAAGACGUAUCGCUUUACCACAAGAGUGGAUAGUUGGUGAAAUGCAGGGAGAAGGUUAUAAGGUGAAGACAAAGAAAGAAAUCCGCCCUGUAGAAAAGAAGAGCCUCUCAUAACAGCAGGACGGUGAACGGAGUAUAUGCUUUUACUGCCAGUAUUCAAGAGAGAGAGUCACGGAAGAAAAAUGAACAGGAAUUAAAAAUCCACUGAGGGGAAUGUGUGUGUGUGUGUGUGUGUGUGUGUGUG